UCUUAACCAUCAAAGUCCAGUACGCGCAAGCUACGCGGUCGUGUCGAGUCACUCCUUCAUCUCUACACACCAUGACCGACGACUUUGCUGAUAUCCUGGGGAGUGAUUCUCUGCCUGUCAGGCGUGAAUUCUCACCCAGCGCCUGGUCAGCAACGUCUCUGCUCAAAUAUGCUGGCUGGACGCUCGGUGCUGUUGUUACCUACGUGGUACUGGUCCUGGGUUGGAAUAGGUUCUCAAAGGCACGCGAAAGGUCCUACAGGCUGUCGAUGCGACGCCGCCAUGGGAUUCCGGACAAUGACCACCGCCCAUUCAACGUAGCAUAUGCCGCAGUACAACGCUCUCGACAGGAAAAAGAACGCCCGGCGCCGGUACAGAGGACUCAAGAAAGUGCGAAUACUCAGAAAGCUCAUGAAGCUCGUCCUGUACGGGCCGAGCAGGUCAUAAGGAAUCGCGGAGAAGGUCGCAGUACCCCCCAAUCACAGGCUGCUUCACCAACCAACUUUCCGGGGCAGUACGUCUCAUCGGCUACGGAACCGCUAUAUCCAUCUUUGCCUGCAAGUGAGGCUGUACCGCCACCACCACCUGCAUCCACACCUCCAAACAGAGUCGUCUUCGCUGAUGGCUACAAUACUAGUGCUCUUCACAUCGGCGUUCCUUCUCCCACCGAGAAACCUGUUCGUAAAAUGAACGGUAUUCUCAAAUCUACCAAUGCCCACAGAAAGCGUGGACUGGAGGAAGAGCCUAUCAUCAUUGAUAAUUCCAAGAAGUCCAGGGUCGAAGGGGAUGAGUUCAUUGAUGGAGACGAAGAGGCCGAGUGGCAGAAUUCGCCUUCUGGGUGGACACGAGGCAAUAAGCGUAGUUUUGGCGAUGAGGACGAUAACGAAGAAGUCAUGGUAUCAAAACGGGCUAGGGAGAAGAGACCGAGGAAGGUGUCACGGGAUUACGAAGCCGUUCUGUCUGAUGAAGAUAUGGAGGUAGACGAGGACGAGGUUGUAGAGGAACGGGCUACGCCACGAGGCAGGAAGCGUGACCGUGUCGAGGCAGGUCCUUCCUUUGACGGCGAAGAUGAUGGAGAGCCAGCGGAAGUCGAACCGAAGUCGAGAGGAAGGAAGAGACGGAAUAAGCGGAGGUCGGACGUUGGUGUAAAGGCGCGGGGGACGAAACGGGAACGUGAUAACGACGAUGAGGAGAUGCCGGAUGAAAACGAAGAGUCGUCUGCUCAGGCGUCUAGGAAGAAGAGGGGUAAACGAGUCCAGGCUGUCCAAGAGGAUGAACAUGAAGAUGAUCGCUAUGCUGAUAUCUCUAUCGACGUGUCUCCGGAUAGAGUCAAGGGCAGAGAGAUCGGCGAGGAGUGGGAGAGUAAUGGAGUGAGGUAUAAAGUGGGUCCAAACGGGCAAAGAUUGCGUCAGGCACUCGUCAAGAAGGCUGGACAGAGGUAUAUCAUGCCGAAAGACUCUCAACAUCCGGAUCGGGAAGCCAAUAUUGAGGUCUGCGUCGAGAAAUGGCUUACAGAAGAGGAGUUUAGGGAAGCUAAACAACAACGCUUGCUCGCUUGGCAAGACUCGACGCCGAGCAAGUCUUCUGAGCCUUCGACACCUUCAUCUGAAGUUCCACCCUCUCCUUCCUCUGGCAACAAUCCCAAAGUGCAAUUCGUCAGUCCGUAGCCACCACUAUCGGGCUUCAACCUACGUUCCGUCGACGCAUAGCAGGAAACUUCACUCCCACCUCUCCUUCACCUACCCCUCCUUCACCUGG